AUGUUCUCUUCUGGUGAGGGAAUACCCGAUGGAGGCGAGGAGGAAGACGCGCCGACCUUGGAGCGCGUUCGCCAGCUGGCGAAGAGUUCAGUUCCUGUCCAGCGGGUGCUCAGUGUCUCUCUGCUGGUCGACUUCCUCGCCGACUCUGGGGCUGCAGCGACUGUGCCUCGACCGGUCUUUCUCGCUCUUCUGUACGACAUUGCCUCGCUGCCUCCACCCGCUCCUGCCGUUCCUCCGUCCCCCGACUCAACGAGUCCCCGGCGCCGAGCGUCUUCGCCGCCCUCGGUGCCCACCUCGGCGUCUUCAAACCUCUCAGGCAGCUCGGCAACCCUCGCCAGUGGCGCAGCGCCAGGAGCCUCGGGUGUACGUACCCCCGGCGAGCUCCGGGCGUCGAGCGAGGCAGUCCCCGCAGACCAGCCGAAGACGCAGUCUCCCGCCGCUCCGGCGUCCCAAGCGUCCGCGCCUGCUGGCCGCUCCUUCUCUUUCCUGUUUUCUGGGGGAAGUUUAGGCAGCACAUUCGCCUUCCGCUUCGGAGCUGACGGGGGCAGUGGAAAGAAGGGGAAAAACGCACAACUCGCCGCAGAAAAUGCGGCAGCCGUUGCAGCCGUUCGAAAGGCGCUCUGCGCCCGAAGCGGAGACAUCGCCGCCUGCCUCAUCCAAGCAGAUCCUGAACAAGGGUAUGCCCACGUGCAUGAGGAUUUGCUUCCGCUGUACGAGCAGCUGCUGCAAACUGCGGACGACUGGCCAACCAAGACCGCCGCGGCAGACGCCAUUCUCCUCCUCGCCACGCAUCUCAGAGCCAAGGAGAGACUCGAGCGUGUCCUGCCGAUCGCUCUGCGUCUCUCGAACUGCCUGGAGCAGCCGAGCCUGCGGAUUCUCGCCGUCGGAUUUCUUCACCUUCUCUUUGAUAUUUCUUCUCCCGUCGUCUCUACUCACUUCAUUCUCCCUCAACUCCUCUUCCUCGCAGUCGAAGACCAAGAACCUGCUGUGCGCCGCUGUGCUCUGCGGCAUGUCGCCGUUGUUUCCUCGUCGCUCGAUCCCGCUGUGUUUUCUUCUCGCGUUCUUCCGUGCUUUGAAAAACUUUUGAGAGGAGUCGGAAGGGACAGUCGAGACGGAGGACUCGAUCCGUCUGUCCGCGCUGCGGCUGUCUGUUCUCUUUAUGACAUCGCCAAGGCGGCUCGCCUCUCUGUUCGUCUGCGCCUUCUCCCUGCUGUUGAAGAACUCCUUCGAGACCCUUCUCCGGUAGUGCGCUUCGCCGCGCAGCAACAGCUGGGCCGAUUCCUCUCCUCGAUCGGCGCGUGCUUGGACCCGGCUUACACUGAGCAGGCGCUGCAUCGGGAGGCCGAGGCGCGACUGGAGCGAAGGCAGAAGAGAUACGAGGACACGGAACUCUCCCUUUCCAGUGCCGAUGCUUUGCCUGGAGCGGCCGCGGGGAACGCGGCGCACGCUCCGGGCUCUUCCGCUUCUCUGGGAGACGCACGAGAAGACGUGGACAGAGAUAAAGGAACAGGGGACGAAGCAGAGAACGACGGCGAGGAAGAGAAAGAGCGGGAGGAGAGUAAGAGAGAGGGGUUUUGUGUAGGAACGUCACCUGCAGGGGAAAGAGGAGACCCAGGCUUGGACGAAGAUGAGAAAAAACUGAGCCAUGAGCGAGAAGAGAAGGAAGAGAGACAAGAGACGGCAGAGAGAGAAGAGAACGAAGAGAAGGCAGAGAGAGAAGAGAACGAAGAGAAGGCAGAGAGAGAAGAGAACGAAGAGAAGGAAGAGAGACAAGAGAGACAAGAGAAGGCAGAGCGAGAAGAGAACGAAGAAAAGGAAGAGAGAGAAGAGAAGGAAGAGAAGGAAGAGAGAGAGCGAGAAGACAAGCUCCUCGCUCAGGUUGAUCUCGAAGUCACAGCGGCUUCGGUUGCGGCUCUCAUCAAACUGUUCGCGCAGUUGGCAACGGGAGAUGCCACGCUUCUCGACGCAAGAGAAGAAGAGACAGCAGAGUUGAUCCGGAGAGGUUCGAGGGGAGAAUCUGAGAAGAAACCCUCUUUCUUCUUCGGUGCGUUUGCCUCCGGGGCGACCCAAACCAACGCGACUGCAGCCGAGCACGGCGAGAGCGAAGGGUGGGGCGAGCCUGUAGCCCACUCCGCGGCGUGCUGCGCCUUCGCCUUCGCGGCUGUCGCGACGGCCGCGGGGCCGCGUGGCUGGCCGCUGCUCAGCGAGGCCUUCCGCAACCUCGUUAGGCACCACUGCAAGCAUGUCCGCAAAUCGAUAGCUGCAUCUUUCCAUCUCCUUGUCGCUGCAGCGCUCGCGUCUCCCUCCGCUUCUCCUCCUGCGCCUUCUGUCCCUCAUUCCUCUUCUCCCCUUUCUUCUUCUCCUUCUUCUCCCUCUUCUUCCUCCUCCUCUUUUCCUUCUCGACCGAGGCUGGUGCGCGAGCGUGCCUUUUGUGUGGGGCCGGGGGAUCGGGGCGAAUAUCUCUUGAGGGGGGUAUCAGAGAGAGAAGGCGAGGAAGCGUCCGUGGGCGGAGAGCGAGAUCCCUCAAAAGACGGAGAUGUGGACAAGGAACGCUAUUUCCUCGUUGCACUCGAAUCUCUGCUUCUUGACGGCGAUGUUGACAUACAGAUGGCUGUUCUGGGAAGCAUUGCGCAAACCAUAGCCGCCUUCUCCCCUCCAAGUCGUCUCUCGAUCAUCGGCACUGUGGUGUUUACCUCGGAGUGGUUUUGGAGCUCUCGCCUGCUCCUCGCACAGCAACUCGAGGCCCUCUUUCUUCUCCAUGAUCCUCAGCUGCGUGCAGGCCUUCUUUCUCUCGCCUUCACUCUUCUUCAGGAUUCGACAGCGAUUGUGAGAAAGGCGGCGUGCCGAUGUACACCUGCACUUCUUGCUUCCUGUUGUAAGGAUCUCGUCGCGGCGAUUCCGCCUCGCCCGGUGCCGCGCUUCGUUCAUGAGCUCUCUCGGCUGCGACAGCGGUCUCCCCUGCCAAAUGCGGAGUGUCCGUCCAGGAAAGUCUGCCCCGACGGGCGGGAGGCGCACGCGAACGGCGUUGCGGGGACUUCGAGGGAAGGAGAGAAGACAGUCGCGAAGGCGACAGGAGACGAAGAACUUGACGGGCUCCGACACCUCCUCACCAGAGGGGAGCAAGUCAGCGUCAUUUGUGAUAUCCUCGAAACCUUCGCAGAGAGCCCGCGGUUCGCCAUCCGCCAGCUGUUCAUCCACAUGGCUGACCAGAUCAUCCGGCACUGCCCGCGGAGUCUCUUUGAACUGUACUUCAUGCGCGCUCUCGCGUACCUGUCGAGCGACCGUGUUGCCAACGUGCGUCUCACCUGGGCGAAACUGCUUUUGCCGCACCUUCGAAAACCGAACGGGAAACUCAAGGACAACUGUCUGCUCGUCUGCGCCGCCAAGAGCCUCCGGAAGACCGAGCGAGACCGCGAGAUGCGAUUUCUCCUCGACAGCUGCGCCUUUGCAGAGGACGAGGAUCUCCGGAUGGUGGACGGUUUGGAACUGCGCGACUUCGACCGCAGCAGCGUCCUCUCUGGACGUCGUGGGAGCAGCGCCGAGCUCGGCAUGGGGCGACUCACGCUGUCGAGAGGCGCGUGUCGUUCAGGGCUCUCGUCCUCGGAUUCUUCCGAAGAUGAGGCAGACAGGUUGGAAGAUCGUAGACAGGAAGAUCGCGGGGCCGAAAAACGCGGUGGCGUCUUCUCUCCGAGAAAAACGGCGGACUUGGACCAGACUGCUUCGGCCGCUUCGCUCGUGGACGCCUCUGCUGGCGCCGCAGGAAAAGCCAUGUCUCUCGAAAGCGACAGGAAGGCGGGUGGUUUCGGGGAACUGCGGUCUUCUCGAGGGAAUGCGAGUGCGCCCAGCGCGGACGCGGAGUCCCGUGAAGAACCCACGACGCCUGAGACAUCUGCGGGAAUGGCCACGCAAGUGGAAGGCCGAGACUCUCGAGGGGGUGAGCUGGCGACUUCGGCGGUCCCUGUAGAGAAGAAGGGAAGACAAAGGGCUGAGGGCGAGACUCGGACCCAGCUGUGGGCUCUGGGGCUCGAGGACACCGGGGACGGCGUGGGUCAACCGGGCCCGUUUUGGAGCCCAACGCGCGCGGAGGGGACAGAAGACGCCUCCGGCGCUGGGGGGCCUAGCAUGGAUCCCACUGCGACAGGCGCAGGGGGAUCGAACGAGAAGAACGGAACAGAUAGCCAUACAGAUAGACAGGGAGGUCGAGACGAGAAAGGAGUGAGUGGCGUUUGCGGCGCGCGUCGAGAACGAGCAGGGAAGGCGUCUCAGGCACAGCGCGGCAACGCCUCUUUGGACGGAAGCCUCGAAGAGGCGGCUGAGGCGGAGUUGACGGCGGCAGUGGAUGAAGCGCAAGAGUUGACGGCGAGAGACGAGAAAGCCCGAGCGCAGGGCGAGGUGUCCGUGGUCUUUUGUCCGCCGAGUCAGCGCGGAGGCUCGCCAGGAAGGCCCUCGUUUUUGCCCUUCGCUGCAGAGACACGCGAGGCAGGGCGCGAUUCACCGUUCCGUAUUCCGUCAAGUUCACUGCCCCAGUUGUCACUGGAGAGUCGCAAACUGCCUCGGUCGUCUCUUCCGGCUUCGCCUGCCUCGUCUCCCACCUGGAGAAAGGAGAGCGGGAAGGACGGAGGCCGCGUUUUUGUCGUAGAAGAAAGCACCUUUAGAGACAAGACAGAAGACACACUCGAUGCCAUCUAUGGCAUGCCCAGAAGUCCACAAAUUGUUCCUGCUGGAGUCAUAGGCAUGGUAGAAGAGACAGCGGUAGGCAGAGGUUCGUAUUGGGGGAUCGAUUCCCCAGAGGAGCUCAAGAGUGCGGCCUCCGCGGACGUGUCUGCUGUCGAAGCCGUCGAGGCUUUUUGGGGGCAACGAAGCGAUGAAGAGAAUGAUAGAGAUUCAGCAGGAACAGAGGAACACGAAACGAGGGACGAAACAUAG